AUGGAGGAGAAGAAAGUAGCUACAGAUCGUUUUUAUAACUUUACCACAGAAAUCCCCUUCAUGAGCACCAGAAUCCCUCCCACCAACAUCAGCUACAGUAUUUCUAAUUGUUCUGAAGAUGCAGCUUUCCCAUCCUUUACUCUGGUCAUGGAUACAACUGGUCCUAUGGGGUACGAUCUAUAUCAGUUUCAAAAUAUUGCCAGAUAUCUUGCCACUCGUCUAGAAGCCUCAUCUGCAAAUGUGACAAGAAAAUACAUACUGAUGGAAUUUAAUGACCCAAGUGUUGGGCCUCUUCAUGUUACCUGUUCAUCUACUGAGUUUUUCAACAAUCUCUAUAGCCUUAUGCCCAUGGAGGGGAAAGAUAGUCCUACACUUGCCACACUAGUGUUAACUGAACGUGUUGCACAAGUCUUCUUUUUUGCUGGCUCUUGUUCCGGUACAGAUCAGCCUGACUACCAGAUCUAUAAAGAUAUUGCAUACCACAGUUAUGGCCUUGUGUUUCCCAUUAACUAUCUAAGCUCUAAAGCUGCAGACCUGGUCAAUUUCUUUCUGAAAAUUCCAGUGAACAGUACCACGCGCCUGUUUUCUGUGGAUAACAACAACACAACUUACAAUGCUACCUUCUCAGUGCCAGCAGGUCUUAAUUCACUGAUCAUAUCAAUAUCAGGUUCAACCUUCUCAUUCAAUCUUUAUGAUCCAUCUGGCGAAACAUCCAACUCAUCUGCAUUUUGUGCAAGGUGUGAUAGCAAUGCUGCAUGUAGAAAAGAUUUACUUGACUACACCUGUGUCUGUAAUGAAGGCUUCAAUGGAGACGGAUUUUCCUGUUACGAUAUCAAUGAAUGCAGCUAUUACGGAUAUUAUUCAUACGACAAAUGCGGCUAUAAUGGAUACUGUGUGAACACAUACGGCUCAUACUACUGUAACUGUUACACAGGCUACACUUGGGAUAAUGCAACUUGUGUUGAUAUGAAUGAGUGUUCUUCACCCUCGCUGAACAACUGCGACCCAGCAGCAACAUGUGUCAACUACUAUGGAUCCUAUUCCUGCUAUUGCCCUGAAGGAUAUUAUGGAAAUGGAUAUAAAUGUGAGGUCGAUGAAUGUACAAGGGAUGUUUGUGGAUUUGGUAGAGAAUGUACCAAAUUCACCGGGUACCAUAACUGCACUGAUCCAUGCCUAACCUAUACCACCCUGAAUGACCCCACCAGGAGCACAUCAUAUUAUGAUUACUAUUACUACUAUUACUCCUAUUAUGGACGUUCUGACUAUUACCUAAGUGGAUGGUAUCGAUUUGUAGGUAGUGGCGGAGACCGCUUGGCAGAUUUUUGCCCCUCUGAUGGUAGGUGUUACACCAUAUAUCCCAUGUGGAUGAAUGGAACACAUCCAGAUCCCUCAGAUGGAAUCGUGAAUCGUACAGUUUGCACUAACUAUUAUGGUUAUUGCUGCUUUUGGACAUCAGACAUGAAGAUCAAGGCUUGUCCUGGAGGAUUUUAUGUGUAUAAAUUCAGCACGCCCCGUGUGCAGUAUUCUGGAUAUUGCACAGAUCCAUCCACUGUUUCUGACUCUUGUGCAUGCGGUGAAAAUGAAGAAUGUAGAAAAGUUGGUGAUCAUUAUCGCUGCUACUGCAAAGAUGAGGACCUAACCAUAAAUGACAUUCGUCCGGUGAUUUCAUGUAGUAGUCAGGAAAUGAAAGCUUCCUUCAAUAAAUGUGCUCUGGAAAAAUUCAGUCUGAACACCACAAACAUACAUCUCAAAGACAGCUACUGCACAGGAUUUCAGGAUUUCAACUUGACAAACCUCAUUUCUGUAUUAUCUGUCUUGAAGACCGGAAUCUGUGGAAAUGAGCUGGAGAACAACGGCACACAUGCCAUCUAUAUGAACACCCUUUUCCUAUCCAAAAAUACAGGAGAAUCCUUAGGUGCAGACGAUCAACUUACAUUUGAUUUUGCUUGUGUGUAUCCAUUAGACAUCCAGGUGUCCCUGGACACAGCUCUCAAGCCCUUUACAAACUCAACUAUAAUUGUCCCAGGGAAUCUACAGGUAACUAUGGCUCUCUACACGGACUCGAGCUACACAUCACCCUAUCAAGGAUCUGCAGUUCUACUGACAUCCCAAACCAAUCUGUUUGUUGGAAUUAUCCUGAAGCUAGCAGAUGUUACUCAAUAUAAUGUGCUAAUAAAAAAUUGCUAUGCUACACCUUCAUUGAACUCCACAAUAAAAUAUGACAUCAUUAAGGACAGCUGCCCCAGCAAGCAAGACUCUAGCAUUAAUGUGAUAGAAAAUGGAGUGUCUUUGUAUGGACGAUUUUCUGUUAAGCUUUUUGAAUACGUAAAGGAUUCGGCUGUUGUGUAUCUGCAAUGCGACAUCCAUCUUUGUAACAGCGCCUGCGCACCGAUUUGCAAUGGAGUGAGGGCAAUGAGCACCUCCGAUACUGUGUCGACUAAUGCCACUUUGACAUUGGGCCCUAUCAUUAGAAAAGGUGAUAUUAUCUACGUCAUUGGAGGAUCAGGCUCCUUGGUGUCGAGCUUGGCAGUGGUUUUCUUGUUGCUGUCAGGAACCUUUCUUUUUGUCUUCUAA